AUGCCUAGGAAGAGUGAUGUGGGGGCGAAGAUUGAGGAUGUUGGAAUCGAGAUCGAUGGGGACGUGAGUGACAGUGAGGAUGACACCAGUCGAAGGAGAGGGAACAGAAGACCGACAGCUGGCAGAGGAGGAGCCCGCGGCAGGGGCAAAAAGCCAGCUGAUGAGGAUGAGGAGGACGAGGAGGAAGAGGAGGCCCCCAGAAACCGCAGAGGAGCCAACAAGAAGAAGGCUGCUAAGUCACGUGACACCGACGACGAAAGUGAGGAUGACACCCCCAAGAGAAGACAAGGAAGAGCAGCAAAUAAAGGAGCAGCAAACAAAAAGAAAGGAGGAAAGGCCCAGGACAAUGACGAGGACAGCGAGGAGGAGAAGGGGAACAAGAGAAACAAGAAGGGAGCCACGGGAAAGAAGGGGAAAGAAGAGGAGACCAAAGAUAAGAAAGGAGACGCCAAAGGGAAGGGCAAAGGAAAGGAGAAGGAAGACGAGAAGGACAAGAAGAAGAAGAAGAACAGCUCAGACACAGACUCUAACACAAACUCAGAGGAAGAGUCCAUGUCAGAGGGAGAGAUGGAACGACUGAAGGAGGAGGUGGAGGAGAAGAAGAAGGUCAUAGCUAUUAUGAGGAACAAGCCCUGGCGAAUGAAGAGGCGGCUGGUACAUCUGAAAGAAUGUCAAGAAUUUGUGGAUAAAUUUGAAGGGGCUCUGGGAAAAGGAAAAGGCAGGAAGUUUUAUGCUUAUAAAGUCAUGAUGACGAAGAAAUGGAUCAAAUUCCAAAGAGAUUUUGAGAAUUUCAAAACGACUUGCAUACCAUGGGAACGAAAGAUAAAAGAGGUUGAAAGUCACUUUGGGUCCUCAGUUGCUUCCUACUUCAUCUUCCUGCGCUGGAUGUAUGGCAUGAACAUGGUCCUCUUUGGCUUAACCUUCGGACUGGUUGUGAUCCCAGAGGUUCUGAUGGGACUUCCAUAUGGAUCCAUUCCCAGAAAGACAGUGCCCAGAGCUGAGCAGUCCACUGCUCAAGACUACUCUGUCCUCAUGGACUUCAACGGGUAUUGCAAAUACUCAGUCCUCUUCUAUGGUUACUACAACAACCAGAGGACCAUUGGGCUGCUGAAGUUCCGCCUCCCGCUGUCUUACCUCAUGGUAGGAGUGGGGACUUUUGGCUACAGCCUGAUGGUGGUGAUACGAACAAUGGCUAAGAAUGCUGACGUGGGGGGAGGGGAUGGAGAUGACGGGGAGUUCACCUUUGCCUGGAAGAUGUUCACCAGCUGGGAUUACCUCAUCGGCAACGCCGAGACGGCUGACAACAAGUACGCCUCCAUCACCACCAGCUUCAAGGAGUCCAUUGUGGAUGAGCAGGAGAACCAAAAGGAUGAGAACAUCCACCUGAGGAGGUUCCUGCGUGUGCUGGCCAACUUCAUGAUCAUCUGCUGCCUGGGAGGAAGUGGCUACCUCAUCUUCUUUGUGGUGAAGAGGUCCCAGGAAUUUGCCAACAGGGACGACCUGAGCUGGUACGAGAAAAACGAGUUGGAGCUCAUCAUGUCCCUGUUGGGCCUGGUGUGUCCUCCCCUGUUUGAGACCAUCGCUGAGCUGGAGGAGUACCACCCCCGGAUCGCCCUCAAAUGGCAGCUGGGGCGCAUCUUUGCCCUCUUUUUGGGAAACCUCUACACUUUCCUGUUUGCCCUGUUUGAUGAGGUCAACAACAAGCUUGAGGAGGAGGUGUCCAUUAGGAAUGCGUCCAUCUGGGCCCAGAAGGAAUACUACGCUAACUUCACCCUCUACAACAAUGACACGGACACCACCCCGCCCCCCAUGGACCCCUCUGACGUCAUCAGGGGGCCAUGCUGGGAGACCGCCGUCGGCAUAGAGUUUGUGAAGCUGACCGUGUCAGACAUCCAGGUGACCUACUUGACCAUCCUGAUUGGUGACUUUGCGCGGGCUGUCAUUGUCAGGUUCCUCAACUACUGCUGGUGCUGGGACCUCGAAGCCACAUAUCCAUCGUAUGGAGAGUUUGACAUCAGUGGCAACGUUCUUGGCCUGGUCUUCAACCAAGGAAUGAUCUGGAUGGGUGCAUUCUAUGCUCCAGGGCUGGUAGGGAUAAACGUCCUGCGUCUCCUCUCCUCCAUGUACUACCAGUGCUGGGCCGUAAUGGCCACUAACGUGCCCCAUGAGAGGGUCUUCAAAGCCUCCAAAUCCAACAACUUCUACAUGGGCCUCCUCCUUCUCAUCCUCUUUCUCAGUCUACUGCCUGUGGUCUACACCAUCAUGACUUUGCCACCCUCCUUUGACUGUGGGCCAUUCAGUGGGAAGGCCAAGAUGUUUGAUGUCAUCAUGGAGACGAUAGACCUGGACCUGCCUGCCUUUCUGGGAACACUGAUGGGCUAUGCAGCCAACCCUGGCCUCAUUAUACCAGCUGUGCUACUGAUGGUACUGGCUAUCUACUAUUUGAACUCGGUAUCUGAGGCGUACCAACAUGCCAAUGCGGAGCUGAAGAAGAAGAUGCAGAUGGCAAGAGAUGAGGAGAAGAACAGGAGGAACAACACUGAAAGCACAGACCAGGUCAUGAAGGACCUGGAGGACCUGCUCCCCAACCGCUCUCUCUUGCCCCCAGCUCCCCCACCAGAGACAGGUGCAGACAAUAAAGCAGACCAAGGUGGAAAGUCUACAAAGGUGAGGCCAGGAACUGCAGGCAAGGAUGUGAACCUGCAGAAAGACGUGUCCCUGUCAUCACCAAAUCCCAACGCUCGAGGCGCAGUGACCCGCCCACCGGGUCCCCGGGGGCCUGGACCUCUGCCUGGAAAUGGUCAGCAGGGGCCAGGAGGGGGACCAGGGCGGGGACGGGGGAGAGGACAGCCACCUCCAAGACGCUAGCACCCAGAUGAAAAAUAAAAGUCAAGAUUUUUUUGUAAAUCUAACAAUUGUUUAACUUAAGAAUUUGUAAAUGUAUUGAAUUGUACAAGAAAGUGUUGGAUUUGAGCUACUAUUGCUUAAGAACAAAUUCACAUUUUGGAUUAGGUUGGGGACUGUACACUGAGUGUACAAAACAUGAAGGACACUUGCUCUUUCCAUGACAUAGACUGACCA